AUGCCAGCCGACGGUGCGCGCCGCACAGCGCUCAGCUCGCUCUUCGCACCGGCCGCCGAGGAGCAGCGCGCGCCGCCCAGCAGCAGCCGCACUUCGCGCCGCGACAGCGUGCUGGCGCUCGGCAGCAUCGAGCACCUGCAGCGCUUCUACGCCGCCGAGGGCCUCGCCAGUGAGCGGCCCGACGUGCUCGGCCUCUCGGCCGCGCCGGCCCUGGGCGGCGCCGUGCUGCUCUCGCCGCCGCGCAGCGAGGACCCCGCCGACGCCGCCGCUCCUGCGCGGCGCCGCAGCAGCGCCACGCCGCUCGAGGGCGCCGCCGCCGCGGCCGCCAGCGUGGGGCGCCGCAGCGCGCGCCGCCCACCGCCGCCGUCGACGUACAAGCGCCCGCCGUUCCCGCACGUCUCGGCAGACGAGGCCGACGUGCGCAAGCUGGCGCCGCGCCUGGCGCAUGUGCUCGCUCGCAGCCGCACGCUCUGGGGCCUCGACGCAUCGGCCAGCAGCGACGCCGUCGAGCUGCCGCAGCUGCUCGCAACGACGAGCGAGCUCAUCGCCGUCGUGCGCCAGUACCUCUACGCGCUGCCCGCCGAGUCGUGGGCGUCGCCGGCGGCGAGCGGCUCGGCCGCGGGCUCCUCCGCUGCGGCAGCAGCACUGAGCGAGAAGCGCCGCAAGAAUGCCUUUCGCCGGCAGAGCAGCGCGUAUGGCCUGUCGCUGCCGAGCAUCGCCGCAUCGCCGGGCGCACACGCCGCCCAGCGCAGGCCCAGCUUCGCGCCGCAGACCACGCCGACCAGCUCGCCCAGACCGGCGUUGAAGGCGCUGCCGGACAAUGGCGACGCACCGGAGCCAGACUCGCCCGAGCAGCUCCUCAAGGCAGCGGUGUCGGUGCGGCUGGAGGACACGUCGGCCUCGCCGAGCCGGACGGACCCGCUCGUGCGCGUGCGGAAGGCGGCACUGCUGCUGCUGAGCGACCUGCGCGACCUCGAGCAGCGCUACACGUCGGGGGAGAGGAUCAUGGGCCAGGCCGAUGCAGCGCAAGACGAUCCAUUCGCGCCGGAGCCCCGAUCAAAUGGCCAAGGGCCUGCGGCGAAGGUCAAGGCUGCACCGGAAACGCUGCGCCUGGCAGACCUGCCGAGCGAGGUCGAGCACGCUCGUGCGUACCUCGCCGUCGUCGACGACGUGCUUGGCGCAUCGCUCGACGACGCGGGUGCCAGUCCGACGUCCGCACAGGGCGGCACGGGUCUGGGCUCGGCCGACAUCGCCAUCAAUCUGGUGCGCUCGAUGUCGCUGGGACAAGCACUGCCCGCGUGGGCAGCGGCUGCAGGUUUCGAGAAUGACCGCCUCGAGCGGGCGUACGCUCUCCUCCAGGCCGCGUUGCCGCACUCAGUUGCCAGCACCUUGCCGCGCGCUCGUGAGCAGCUGCUCGAUGCGUUGUCAGACGGCCAGCUCCUGUGCAUCAGCUUCAACACUGCUCUGCGGCGUUCGGAAAAGCCCUGGGGUACCAUCGAGGACGAGCUGAUACACGACCUGCGAAGCGCUCAGCCCGACGCACGCAGCACACUAGAGGUCCCGAGCGAGAGCGAGGCGCCAGACGCUGAGGUGCGAGCGGGCAGCAAGACGGGCUGGACGUUCCGCCGCACCGAGAACCUGCGCGUGUGGGCAGCGGCUCUGAGGCUGCGCUACAACCUGCAGCAUCCCGCAGCGCGCCGCACGCCCUCAAAGCGACGUGCUGCCUCCGAGUCGCAGGCCGAAGCCGACACGUCUGCGUGCAGCUUCGACGCUGCGGCCAUCUCCCAGCGCCUGCCGGGCUGGGAUGUUCAGCUCGAGGAGAUGCUGGCGCGCUGGGCGGAUGCCGUGGCACGCGAGGCGCGCGGCGAGCAGGUCAUGUAG